CCGCUGGAGAGGUCGCGCAGCUGUCAUCCGCGGCCAGGCUUGGCGCACGUGCGCUCCCCCGACGACCUCCGCAAGCCCCGUCCCUGGCCUGGCCGCAUUCACCCUGACGGACCGCGAGCAUCACCGCCGCAGCAUCACCGCGAACCCCCGCCCGAGCCUACACACGACGUUCACCGGUGCAGUCGCGCGCCCCGCCUAUCAGAGCCCCGCACCGAAUCGAAGGCGCUCGCGGCGCUAAGCGACAGAGGGGAAAGCGACAGAGGGGAGUGUCUCGGGCGACGCAGCAAGGCACAUGCGCACCGGGCGGCACACUCGAACAGCCACCGAGCCAGAGCCCGUGACCUGCGAGCCCGGGAGCUGUGAGCCACCAUGAGCCAGGGCGGGCAAGAUGCGAAGCUCUUUGCGAGGGGCAAAGUCGCGGAGCUGCGCCUCGAGCUCAACAGCGGCGGCAAGAAGGACAAGAGCCUUGCCGCAAAGAAGACGGCACUGAAGAAGAUUGUCGCCAACAUGACCAUGAGCAACAACGACAUGGUAGCCCUAUUUCCUGACAUUGUCGGCUGCAUGCACCUGCCGAGCCUGGAGAUCAAGAAGAUGUGCUUUCUGUACCUGGUCAAUUACGCCCGUAUCAAGCCGGACAUUGCCCUCAAGGCGCUGCCCAUCAUCCAGGAGGACAUGCACGACAACAACCCGCUGGUGCGCGCCCUGGCCCUGCGCACCAUGUCGUAUGUGCACGUGCGCGAGUACGUCGAGGCUACGGUGCCGCAUCUGAAGAACCUGCUGCGCGACUCGGACCCAUACGUGCGCAAGACGGCCGCCUUCUGCGUCGCCAAGCUGUACGACCACGACCGCCAGCUGGUCGAGGCCUCGGACCUGAUCGACAAGCUGAACGGCAUGCUGCGCGACGAGAACCCCACCGUCGUGUCCAGCGCCCUUGCCGGCCUGAUGGACAUCUGGGAGCGCAGCGAGAAUAUCAAGCUGACCAUUGAUUACGCGAGCGCCUCCAAGAUCGUCUCCAUUCUCGCCGACUGCUCCGAGUGGGGCCAGACGUACAUUAUGGAGGCCAUGAUGAACUAUGUCCCCCAGGACUCGUCCGAGGCGGCCCUGCUUGCCGAGCGCAUCUCGCCGCGCCUGUCGCACACAAACUCGGCCGUCGUGCUUACCUGCAUUCGCGUCAUCCUCUACCUGAUGAACUACAUAUCCGACCAGAAGGUCAUUGCCUCGUUGUGCAACAAGCUGUCGCCUCCGCUGGUCACACUCCUAUCCAAGGGGCCUGAGAUUCAGUAUCUCGCCCUUCGUAACGCCCUCCUCAUCCUGCAGCGCCGGCCCGAAGUCCUGCGAAACGACAUUCGCGUCUUCUUCUGCAAGUACAACGACCCCAUCUACGUCAAGGUCACCAAGCUCGAGCUCAUCUUCAUGCUGGCGACGGAGAAGAACAUCAAGGAGGUCUUGACAGAGCUUGCAGAAUACGCCACUGAAAUCGAUGUCGACUUCGUCCGCAAGUCAGUGCGCGCCAUUGGCAAGCUUGCCAUCAAGAUCGCACCCGCGGCACAGCAGUGCAUCAGCACACUGUUGUCUCUCGUCAGCACAAAAGUCUCUUACAUCGUGCAGGAAGCAACAGUCGUCAUCCGCAACAUCUUCCGGAAAUACCCUAACCAGUACGAGUCCAUCAUCUCGACUCUGUGCGAGAACUUAGAUUCGCUGGAUGAACCAGAAGCCAAAGCUGCUAUGAUCUGGGUCAUUGGCCAGUACGCCGACCGCAUUGAGGAUUCUGACGUUCUCCUCGAAGACUUCCUCGACUCAUUCCAGGAAGAGACACACGAAGUACAACUGGCGCUGCUCACAGCCACCGUAAAGCUGUUCAUCCAACGCCCAACAAGAGGCUCAGCAUUAGUUCCCAAAGUCCUCAAGUGGGCCACCGAAGAAACAGACAACCCCGAUCUACGCGAUCGAGGCUACAUGUACUGGCGUCUCCUCUCCUCUGACCCCGAGAUAGCCAAACAAGUAGUCAUGGGUGAAAAGCCCGCCAUCACUGCCGAAGAGUCCGAGAAGCUCGACCCCGGUACCCUCGAGGAAAUGUGCCUCAACAUCGGCACCCUCGCCACCGUCUACCUCAAACCCGUCAACCAGGUCUUCCGCACCGCGCGGCCCCGCAAAAUCACUGACUCUCCCGCACUCCAGCGUCACGAACUCCCUACGUACAAAGCCGCGCAAUUGGCGCGCGAACGCGCUGACGCUGACCGGUUGGCCAACGGCAAUGGCGCCGAGUCCACCAACGGAAACGGAAACGGCAAUAUGAACGCUGCGGUCUCAGACGCAGAUCUGUAUUUCGCGAGUGUCGGGCGUCAAAGCACAUUUGGCGGGUCGCCGAUUGCGGAGGAUCAUGCGGGGAUGGGCGGCAACGGGUGGGUUGUUAAUCAGCACGCGCCGCAGUCGAUGAGCAUGGGGCCUGUGGGUGUGGACGGGACGCAGGACUUACUGUUGUGAGGCGAGUCAUUUGUGAGCGCAACUUUGGCUACUAUUUAGCGUGUAGGUUGGCUAAUGUAGGUGUAUAUAUCAUUCUUGUAGACUUGUUGCGUGUGCACUGUAACAAACUUUGAAAGAUAAUGCUAUUAGUAGUCAACUUC